AUGUCCGCCAGCAACGAUAAUGACCCGGAUAACAAUCCGGAUGUGAUACUGGACAAAAUUCUACGCAAGGCGCGCGCAAAGGAAUCACGCUGGGAUCGCAUUCGCCGGAAGCAUUUGAACAAUCUCACCGUGACGUCGAAGACGGUGAAAAAGUUCAUCAACAUGGACUUCAUCGACGAGAGCCAGCUGCGUAUGCUGAUGGCUGGCGAGGGCACGGGUACAGGCACCAAACCAAUUCUGGACCCGGUGCUGGUCAUGGACAUCCGGCAUGAGAUGAUACGACGAAAGAACAAUUCAAAGUCUCCGGGAAGUGGUACGGGUGGAGGGGGUGGAAUGCGCAUUAAACCCCCGAUUGAUCCUGUCAAAGCGUACCAACAGGAGAACCUGGAGAAUCACAACCGGUCGAUCGAAAUGACGCUUUGCGAGAAUGAGUUGAACAAGUUUCGCAAACAGAUCGAGCACCUAGGAAACGGUUGUGCCGGUGGAAAUGGGAAGAAAACGCAAGUGAGUUCUCACAAGCGAAGCAUUUUGUACAUCAAUAUUCCGAAGAUCGACAAUGGGAUGAUCUACGAGAGUUUGGAAGAGUGUGAACGUUAUACGGCACACUUCUACCAGAGCGCCAUCGAGGGCACGGAACAACUUUUUGAAGAGACCAAGGAUGAAACCUACGGUGUACUGCGACAGGCCGCCACGAUCGAGGAAAUCGUAGACCGCGAGGAAAAGGAAAGAGAAGCGGAUGUGGUGAUACCGAAACCGUUUAUUGAAAUGGUUCCGAGUGCCACCAAGGAGGCGGAGGAAGGCGUUCCGAAAACUAUCGCAACAAGUCCGGAGGACCAGGAUGAGGAGAGUAAGAUAGUGAGAUUUGGAAACACGGAAAUCAUAACAUACCCCCCGGAUGAUUUAUCGUUUUCACUCGGUUCCGAGUACGGUUUCGAUGAUAACGAUCUUUUCCUCGAGUCGCUCGAUUCCGAUGUGGAUGAGUUUGAUGAAACGGAAUUUCAGUCGAACUCCGAUAGCACCUCGGACCUGGCCAGCGAUGAGCCGAACCAUCGCCAGAAUGGCGACCCAAUGCCGACCGACAGUAGCGAAUGUCUCACAAUAUCGCGCAUCGACACGUCCGGCAGUGGAUCAAAGGCGGAGACCAGCAGUUCGGGAUUUUCGCGCGAGAAACUCACGUACAACUACGACGAGGCGGAAUCGGAGCUGCUGGAAAUCGCGCCAUCCGCCGAGCGACUCUCUGAAACGGACCCGAUCAUGGUGAAAAAGUGCGACCUGAAGGACUACAGCGAACUGUGCGUCACGAACUACAAGCCGGACAUGGACUCGAAGGACGAUCGGGUGGAGCUGACCGAAGAAUCGCGCAAGGUAAUAAGCAACGCGUUAAAGGAGGGGUACCUACAGAACCACGACCGUGCCAUCCUGAAGCAGUACUUCUUCAAGUGGCUCCAGUGCACGAUUCUUGAGAAGAUCUCCAAAGGUGCCGGCGUCACGAGUACGCGCGAGCAGAAACUCAAGCGCAUUAACGACUUCAUCAGUAACAUUCGGCACAGCCGUAAGAAGGGUGUACUGCGCAGCAGCAAAUCGUCGGACCAACCAGGCCAACCACCGUCCGUGAAGAAGGAGUACGAGCACCGGCUGAAGGUGCAGCAGGACAUCAUCGAGCUGCAGAAGCUCAAACUCGAGCGCCAGGAGCGCAUCAUCACCGAGCUGAAGCUGUCCAAGUUUUCCGAGGCUGCCAAAAUUUCCAAGAUGGAAAUACAAAGCGAACUACUCAAGGCGGCCCGGACCGGCCACGUGCGACUGCGCGCCAAAGCCAAGUGCAUCCAGAUCGUGGGUAACAUCAAGGCGGACACGUCGGAGGAGGACGAGAUGCGCAAGCUGCAGGCGCAGGGUCUUAUGAUACCAAAAUUUCUAGCCAAAAUGCAACAGCGUGCACUGGAGCGUAGUCAGCGCCACCAGGAGGCCAAGGAGCGCCGGAUGCGACUGGAGCAGGAGCGUGAAAAUGCGAAACACGCGGCAGAGGAAGCGAAGCGCUUCGAGGACGAGGAAGACCGCAAACGGCGCUACCGGGAGAUGCGCGAGAAGCGUAAGCUGGAGAAGCUGCAGAAGAUUAUUCGCGAACAGGAACGCCAGGCGUGGAUCGCCAACAACCAGAUCGCGAAGGAGUUCCGUCUGCUCAAGCUGAAGCGUUUCGGGAUGUACGCAUUCAAGCUGCUGCUUGGCAUACGCCAUGAAAACGAGCGGCGCUCGAUUGCUUACCGGAGGCGCUACUAUAAGCGCAAGUACUUCCGCAAGUGGUGGUCCUUCACGAAUGCCCUGUGGGAGACUAAGAAGGCAAUGGCGGAUGACCUGCACGAGUAUAAGGUUCUUACACUGGCUUUGCGACAUUGGAAAGUGUACAUACAUGAGCAACGUUGCAAGCUGCAGGUGGCCAUCGAUUGGUACGAGGUGCGUAUGACGGAGAAGGUGAUUUCAAUAUGGAUUGGCCGGACGAAGCAAUCGCUGAUGAUUCUGCAAGGAAAGAUGUCCCACGCCGCCUCACACUAUGAAUGGCAAUUGAAAUGGAAAGUAUUCGAACGAUGGCAACGACUGCACAUUAUUUUACGGAUCGAAAAGGAGACUGAAAUGCGCCGCCAGCGCUGGCGGAUGAAGAUAUGGGAGCUCCUGCCCGACUACAAGCCGAUCGAGGAGGACAUCUGA